UCUUAAUUCUCUCCCAACGCUCCCUCUCUCAUAGUUUGUGCUGUGUGAGAAACAGAGAAACCAAAGAAUUCAGAGAGAAAAGAAAAAAAAGAAUGGCAAAGGUAAGGGAUAAGCUAUACGUCACCGUUCCGAGUCUUUUUCGGUGCCCGAUCUCCAUGGACGUCAUGAGGUCCCCCGUAAGCCUCUGCACCGGCGUCACAUACGAUCGCACCAGCAUUCAGCGAUGGCUCGACUUAGGACACGACACGUGUCCCGCCACCAUGCAGGUCCUUCCCUCCAAAGACUUCAUUCCCAAUCUCACGCUCCACCGCCUCAUCCGCCUCUGGCUCCUCUCCGCCGAACCUCCCUCGCCGGAGCCCCGCCCCUCCGCCGACCACCUCCGCGCUCUCCUCCGCGCCAUCGACCAAGACCUCGCCGGUGCACUCGCCAAAAUCGCCGAAUUCGCCAAAUCCUCCGCCGACAACCGCCGCUUGCUCGCCGCCUGCACCGGCUUCGACUCCGCCGUGGUCCGCGCGCUCGCCGUAAGCGCCGCGCGGACCGACGCCUCGGAAAACGCGAUCUACCUUCUGGACUCGGUUCUCCGCGAACACGGAAAUUCGGAGAGAAUCCGGAAGCUGAUUCUCGACGCUCGUGAACAAUGCUUUGACUCGAUGGCUUCCGUUCUGAAAAACGGAUCUCCGAAAUCGAAGGUUGAAACGGUUAGGGUUUUGGAGUUUCUCGCGAGGAGCGAUUUCCAAGCGAAGAAAUCGGUCGCGGAAACUCGAGGUUUCUUCUCGCUGCUCGCGAGUUUUUUAAAGGAUGAAGGUAAGGAGGAGUUAAACGACGCCGUUUUGUCGUUGCUAGGUGUCGUUUCGGUGACUCACUCGGCGAAGGUGGAGCUCGUUAACUGCGGAGUCGUCGCGGCGGUUUCCGAGUUGCUGCGAGCGUGUUCCGCGGCGACGGCGGAGAGGUGUCUGAGAGUGUUGGCGGUGGCGGCGACGUGCGCGGAGGGGCGGGCGGCGAUGGCGGCGGAGGAGCAUUGCGCGGCGGCGGUGGUGGAGAGGGUGGCGAGAGCGCCGAAGGGCGCGGCGGAGGACGCGGUGGCGGUGCUGUGGAGUCUCUGCUGUUUGUGCGGGAGCGCGAAGGUGAGGGAUGACGUGGCGAAGCGAAACGGCGUCGCGGUGAUUUUGUUGGUUAUGCAGAGGGGGUGGGGGGAGCACGUGAGGAGCAUGUGCGUUGAUUUGAUUAAGGUUUUGAAGGGCGCGUGCAAGAACGGGUUGGGGUUGGGGUUGGAACUAGGAUGCUAUGACACCAAAACCACUCAUAUCAAACCAUGUUAAUGUUGUAGCUUGAUCAAGUUGAACCACUUUUUUUUUUUGGUGAAUAGUUGAACCAUCUUUUUAGCAUGCAAACAAAGAAUGUUUCAUGUUGAUUUUCACUCAUUUCUUUUGAUUUGAAAGAAAGGGUAACAAGGGUGAUGAUGUAUAUUCGUAGAGAGAAUAAUUUUUUAACAGAACAAAACAGACGGGAAACAAAUUCAUUUGA